GGAGGAGGGGGCCAGGCUGAGUAAGUUAGAGUCGGAGGGAGGCACCACAAAGAACUGCGAGUCCCCCCUCCCCCCAUCUCCAACCCUGGCUUCGAGACCUGGGGCCUGGCCAGGGAGGGAGGCUCGGGAAAGAUGAGAAGUCUGAGUGGACACCAAAGGGAAAAAAAAAAAGUUCAAUGUCUUUUUCCGGAGCCCCCGGGUCCUAAAGCCGGGCGGAGGCGACCCUUGCUUCUUUCGCGGGCACCUCCAAUUCUAGUCCCCUCCAGGUGGGUGGUGAAGCCGCGGAGUGUGAGUGGCAUCUCCGUGCUCGUCCGUCAAGCCCAACUGUGCUCCAAGGGACGGCCUCUCCAGGGAAGAGCAGCUUGGCCCCGCAGAGGCUGGACUGCAAAAAGGACUUUGUGACUUGGGACGUGACGGACACGGAGAAGGAGUGGGUGGCGGUGGCGGCGGAAGGUGUGCAGGUGACGGCAGGUGUGUGCCUCCGACGUGGGCGGGGAGACACUCGGAGGGUGCGGGAGGGCGCAGCGACGGCCUGCCCGGCUCCGGGGCUUCCCCCUCGCGUGGGCACCGCAGAGGAGGUGGCCCAGGCCCUCGCUCAGGGUCCGGAUCCCAGGAGAGGGCACUGUGCGCGGGGAGGGGCUUCCCAGGCUCCCCAUCUCCGGCGGGAAGCGCUCCCCCACUCACGCUCUGCCUAGGGGCACUCCCAAGGCAGGAGCCCGGGCCGACGGAGAGGACUCAGGACACUAUCGGACCCUGGGCAAAAAGAGGGGAGACGUCGUGACCCAGGCCCCGCCCCGCCGCGCCGCCCUCGUGCCCGGCGCUAAGACCCAGCGGGCGCGCCGCGGGCCCCGGCCCCGGCCCCUUCCGUCCGCCGGGCGGCCAGCUCAGCUCGGGAGAGCCGGCGGCGCGGCGGGCAUGGCUCGGGCGGCGUGGGGGCUGCUGUGGCUGCUGCUGGGCAGCGUCGGGGCGCAGUACGAGAAGUACAGCUUCCGGGGCUUCCCGCCCGAGGACCUGAUGCCGCUGGCCGCCGCCUACGGGCACGCGCUGGAGCAGUACGAGGGCGAGAGCUGGCGCGAGAGCGCGCGCUACCUGGAGGCGGCGCUGCGGCUGCACCGGCUGCUGCGCGACAGCGAGGCCUUCUGCCACGCCAACUGCAGCGGGCCCGCGCCCGCGCCCACGCCCGGCCCCGACGGCGGCCGCGCGGACGAGUGGGCCCGCGAGCUGCGGCUCUUCGGCCGCGUCCUGGAGCGCGCCGCCUGCCUGCGGCGCUGCAAGCGGACGCUGCCCGCCUUUCAGGUGCCCUACCCGCCGCGGCAGCUGCUGCGCGACUUCCAGAGCCGCCUGCCCUACCAGUACCUGCACUACGCGCUGUUCAAGGCUAACCGGCUGGAGAAGGCGGUGGCGGCGGCCUACACCUUCCUCCAGAGGAACCCGAAGCACGAGCUGACCGCCAAGUAUCUCAGCUACUACCGGGGGAUGCUCGACGUCGCCGACGAGUCCCUCACGGACCUAGAGGCCCAGCCCUACGAGGCUGUGUUCCUCCGGGCUGUGAAGCUCUACAACAGCGGGGAUUUCCGCAGCAGCACGGAGGACAUGGAGCGGGCCCUGGCAGAGUACCUGGCGGUCUUUGCCCGGUGUCUGGCCGGCUGUGAAGGGGCCCACGAGCAGGUGGACUUCAAGGACUUCUACCCGGCCAUAGCAGAUCUCUUUGCAGAGUCCCUGCAGUGCAAGGUGGACUGUGAGGCCAAUUUGACCCCCAAUGUGGGCGGCUACUUCGUGGACAAGUUCGUGGCCACCAUGUACCACUACCUGCAGUUUGCCUACUACAAGUUGAACGAUGUGCGCCAGGCUGCCCGCAGCGCCGCCAGCUACAUGCUCUUCGACCCCAAGGACAGCGUCAUGCAGCAGAACCUGGUGUAUUACCGCUUCCACCGGGCUCGCUGGGGCCUGGAAGAGGAGGACUUCCAGCCCCGGGAGGAGGCCAUGCUCUACCACAACCAGACCGCCGAGCUGCGGGAGCUGCUGGAGUUCACCCACAUGUACCUGCAGUCAGAUGAUGAGAUGGAACUGGAGGAGACAGAACCACCCCUUGAGCCAGAGGACGCCCCAUCUGACACCGAGUUUGAGGGGGAGGGUGACUACGAGGAGAGCAUCUAUGCUGACUGGUGGCAGGAGCCGGAUGCCAAGGGUGAUGAGGCUGAGGCUGAGCCAGAGCCUGAACUGGCAUGAGAAGGGGGCACCCCACACCCCUCGAGCUUGGGAAGCCUGGGCCCGAUGGCCCCACCCUCACCAGCCUGAGCAGCAGCAAGAACUUUUUUUUUUUUUCCCUGAACAUCUUUCUUAAAUUAAUAACAAGAACUAUUUAUUAAAAACUUAAGAUGGGGCCGGG